GGAUUAGUCUUUGUUGACAAACAUUUCAGGGAGAGUCGUGAAGGGAACUCGCCUGUGUGUUAUGUUUAUCAUGUGUCCCCGGUGAGGUAGACAUGGAGGUGCCCAUCAGAGUGGUGUCCAGGAUCCGGCCGUGCAGCAGCCAGGAGCAGGGGCGCGGGCCGUGUGUGGAGGCCGCCCCUGCUUCUUCACAAAUUAUCCUCGGGUAUGACCACUUCUGUGACUUCGACGCCGUGUUUGGCCCCGCCGUCACGCAGAAGGAGCUCUACCUCGCCUGCCUCGCCGACCUGGUGCUCAACUUUUUUCAGGGAUACAAUGUGACAGUGCUCGGGUACGGCCAGCGGGGCUCCGGCAAGACCUACACUCUGACGGGGCCGGACUUCCUGUGGGCCAUGAAUGAGGAGGAGUUCGGCCUUCUUCCUCAGGCAGUGCGGCAUAUCUUCAACUUAAUGAGGGAGUGCCCGGGGAGGGAGUACCGGAUCCACGUGAGCUACAUGGUGGUGCAGAGAGAUGCCGUGUACGACCUGCUGUCCGCCACUAACUCCUACCUGCAGCUCAAUGUUCUGGAGGAUAAUAUGGGCAACGUCGUCAUCCCAGGGCUCAACGUGAUAGACUGCAGCAACAUUACCGAGGUAUUCAACUGCCUGGAGGCUGGCUUGGUGCACCGCCACACUGCCGCGCUCCACAACAACGACCCCUCCACCUCACACGCCAUCUUCUCCCUCAUCCUCGAGCACCAGUGGAGUGAUGCGGACGGCAAGAUGAAAUACCUGUACUCCCGCAUGAACUUUGUCGACCUUGGUGGGUCCGAGAGGCUGAUGCAGUUUGGUUACAGUGACUUUGGUCUGCCCAGCGAGGACUCCUUCUUCCUUAACACAGACCUCAAGGCACUCAGUAAUGUGAUCCACUGUCUUGCUGACCAGUCCUACUCCGGCCCCAUCCCAUACAAGGAAUCCAGGCUGACCCAUAUACUGAAGGAUGCGUUUGGGGGAAACAGCCUGAGCCUCAUGGUGUGUUGUCUUUCCCCAUCAGCCGAGGAUUUUGACGCCACUUUUAACACCCUUAAGUACGGCGGCCUGGCUCGCUACAUCCUCAACUGUCCGGCUGUCAACAUGGCCAUCCAGAACAGUGCGCCGGCCUCCUCUGCCACCCUCACCCCCUCCUCUCCCCACACAACGCUCAGGCACCAGUUCAGCAGCAGACAGUCGACGCUGACCGGUGUGCAGAGCAGCGUGCAGCAGUCCCUGGCCACUGUGCAGCAGUCCACCACCACCAACACCUCCGGGCCGCCCACCGAGGACCUCCCGCCUCCGGAACCUGAGGACAUCUUCAAAUUCCAGUUCGCAGCAUCACAGUGGCAGCAGCUCGUCUCCAGCGCAGAGGACCUCUUGGCGGAGAUCCUGCAGACGUCCCAGGUGUCGCCCACAGAGAAGACCCGCAUUGAGUCGUGGAUGUGCAUGAAGGCCGAGGCAGAGGAGUGUAUUGGAGCCGACCUUGGGGCCAUGCGCUUCAACGCUGCAGCCAGUAGGGUGCUGGAGGUCAUUGAGGAGCUUAGCGAACCAGAGAUCACCGGCUCAGUCUCCCCGCUCUCCACCACCACCGCCGCCUCUGACAAGGACUCCAGCGCCUCCUCCUCCUCCUCCUCCUCUUCCUCUGUAUCUUCCUUUGGGGAGGAAUUCUACGACCAGCUGGCAGUUUUAACGAGAAAAUUUACAUCCGUCACUGAGCAGCUGGUGGAAGGUGUGCAGGACAGCUGCGACACACAGACAAACAUACGGGCAAGCGCUGAGCGUCGACGAACCCAGAGGAAGAACGACAGGCUGAAGGAAGAAGAUGAAGAUGAAGAGGAGGAAGAUGCAAAACUCCCACAGCGAUUAAAGAAAGUCUCAUCCACAUCUAGACUUCACAGGGGGCUUCAAGGGGCACCAUGGAGGACUAAGACAAAUGCAGGAAGCCCCCAUAGAAGUCCGUCAACUGGGCCCCCUCCUGUGCCGCUUAGGUCUGAGGAACGCCACAGCUCGGCACUCAAGAGGGAUGCUAACUCAAUCCUGUCUCUGCUGGAGGAGUGCGGGGUGGACACAGACUCUCAGAAAUCAGGGGAGAGUGAUAAAGAGCUGGAAGAGGAGGAGGAAGAGGAAGAGGAAGAGGAAGAGGAGGACUGCCGGACAUCAAGAAGGAAGUCAAGUUUCUCCAUUUCAUCACAAGUGUCGGAAUCACCAAAGAAAAUCCUCAAGUGUGAGGAUGAAUCUGUGUCGUUGGUGGAGGAAAUGAAGCGUGUGUCGGCCUCUAGGGAGUCUCGGCGAGGGCAGGUGCGCCGGGUGAGCAUGGAGCUGCGGACGGCACAGCAGAGACUCAAGCAGCUCAACGCAACCAUCAGGCUGAAGGAAGCCUUCAUACGAGAGCUGGUGCGGAGUGGAGGUGAGGCGGAGGUGACUAAGCGAAAGUGUGAGGCCAAGAUGUCAAGACUGGAAAAGGAGGUUCAUCGCACACGCCAGCUGCACCAGGAGACCCAACACCAGCUCAAGGAACUGAGGGAGGGAGAGUCCCCAAACAUUAGCCAGUUCAGGAGCCGCGUGGACACUCUGAAAAAGCAAAUCUCGCACUACCAGAAGAAGCUGGCGACCCUGGGCAAGGUGGCCGACAUAUCCCAGCAAGGGGACUCCAAAGUGACGGAGCUGGAGGGGAGCGUGAAAGAGAUGCGACGGCAGCAGGCGGAGCUUCAGACAAGACUCAGGGAGGAGACACAGAAGAAGGAGGAACUGGAGCAGCAAAUUAUUCACGACCAGCGACGUAUUAGAGAACUGGAGAUCAAACUGAAGCAAGGGGAGGGUGAGGUGGAGGGGGAACGAGGGUGGCUGGUGGAGGAAGAAGAGCGGAUCUUGAGUCUGCGGGAGGCGACGGAGCAGCUGCAGCAGGAGGUGGAGCGGCGGGAGGAGGCGGUGAGGCACAGGGAGAGAAUGCACCGGGAGAAGGUCAGACUGCAGACCUCCCGUGCCGACUGUCAGGCUGCAGCAGAGGAGGAGGAGGAGGAGGAGGAGGAACCGGAGGAGGGUGAGAGGGAGGAGAGGAGUGUGGGGCGGAAGGAGGAGGACAUCAGGGAGGAGAUCUCUCACCUCCGGGACGCCAGGGACUCCCUCAUGAUGCACCGACAGAAGCUGGACCGCAGAAUUCACAAGAGUGGGGGACGGAGGGUUGGGUCGGGGGAGGAAAGGCGGCUACUGGAGUUGGAUGAAGCAAUAGAAGCAGUUGAUGCAGCCAUUGAAUACAAAAAUGAAGUGAUUUGUGGGCGUGCCAAGGAACUCAAGUCACAUGCAUUGCUUCUCAACCAGGAUCACCUGAUGGAGCGCCUGGUCAGCCUGUCCCACGAAGAGACCCGAUCCCUCCUGGUGAAGUACUUUGGCAAAGUUAUUGAUCUCCGUAUUGAAUUUAGGAAGCAAGACGUUUCUUUCUCAGACUUGGAGACCCAGUACGAGGAGCAGUCCCGGUACAUCAGCGACCUGAAGGCGGCUUACCAACAGGCAAGUCUUGAGAUGGAGAGACGCAUCACUGUGCAGCAGAGGGACUACCAGCAGAAAAUAUCAACGCUACUCAGGCAGUUCAAUGACGACUCCUCUGGGUCAGGCGCACAAGAGUUCCGGCUGAGGGAGAUGGAGAAGCAAGUGUUUUACUACAAGAAGCUUAGCAGAGACUUAAAGGGAAAGCUGAGACAGGCCACAGAGGAAGGCUGGAAAGACAGAUUUAGGGAACUACAAGACACGACCCAACCACAAGCAAAGCCAAGCCUCCCAGCCAAGCCUGACGCCCCACCACACCACCACCACCACACGCACCACCGCCCCCUGCUGCCCACCCAGCCCACCGCGCCCACCCUGCCGCGGCGAACUAGGCUCCAGGCAGCAGAACAGGCGGCCCACCACCCCGUCCCGCACACCAGGGUGACCAGAGAGAAGAACAAAAUUAUUAUACAUCAAAAGUCAGACCGGCAGGGUGGAAAAUCGAAGUCAGAGAUGUGUGCUGUGCUAAUAGGGGUGGUAACUGGGGUGCUGUUUCUCCUCAUAUACGCACUGCUGCAAAUGCCUUAGGACCUGGACAACGCUCUCAGGUAGCACAGUAUGGUACGCCAUCAGCCCUGUGCCUCCAAUACCGCACCCACAACAGACUCUUACCAUCAGGAACGCCAGUCUCCCCCUCCCAGGCCACGCCAUUCAUACCACCCCAGCCUCGCCCUUCCGCAGGAGAGACUCAGGGUUAAGGGAUCAGCAGAGACUCCCGUCUGAAAGUGGAAGUUUGAAACUCUGUCUACGGGAUUGUUUGAGUCUCCCCUUUAAUUUCACUUGGUUUUCUUUGGUUGUUUAUGUUUUGUUUGCGUUUUCUUUAUGUGGUGGAGAUUUCAACAUGUGAGGUGUUUAAUUUCAAGUUUUUUUUUUCCUUCGUUUUCUUUUUUCUUUUUUUAUUUGUUCUUUUUAACUGUUGUUUGUUUGUUUAUCAUUAUUACUAUUCUUCUUCUUCUUCUUCUUCUUCUUCUUCUUCUUCUUCUUCUUCUUCUUCUUCUUCUUCUUCUUCUUCUUCUUCUUCUUCUUCUUAUUAUUAUUAUUAUUAUUAUUAUUAUUAUUAUUAUUAUUAUUAUUAUUAUUAUUAUUAUUAUUAUUAUUAUAGUCUCUUCAGUUCCUUUCUCUUUUAAUAAUAAUAUGUAAGUGCUUAUUUUACUU